ACCGGUUUUGUCCACAUCCAUUGACUGAGAACAGGAAUGAGUAUAGAAAUUCCUGAAGGACUGACGGAGCUGUUACAGAGCUUUACCGUGGAAGUGUUGAGGAAUCAGCCCAGGGAUUUGCUCGAGUUUGCGUUGCAGUACUUCACCCAGCUGAAGGAAAGCGAGACCAAAGAGGCCUCAUUUGGCAAUGACCAAAAUUCGGCCCCAAGACCUGGAAAAGCGGUCAAUUUCAUUGACGAAGCCAUGCAGAUCGAUUCGGAAAACGGAGAGGAGGAGGACGAUGAUGACGAGGAAUUCAUAGCCCCGGUAAUAAACAGAUUCAUCAGAAGAGCUUCAGUGUGUGCUGAAGCGUUCAACCCUGAUGAAGAUGAGGAGGAUAAAGAGCCAUGGGUCACCCACCCAAAAACCGAUGAGCAGAGACAGAGACUACAGGAAGCAUGCAGGGACAUUCUUCUAUUCAAGAAUUUGGAUGCGGAAGAGAUGUCUCAGGUGCUGGAUGCCAUGUUUGAGAAGUUCUGCACCGAAGGCGAGCACAUCAUUGAUCAAGAUGAUGAUGGAGACAACUUCUAUGUUAUUGAAAGUGGGACGUUUAACAUUUUUGUGAAGGUUGAUGGCACAGAGAAGCUUGUAGGCUGCUAUGACAACCGUGGCAGCUUCGGAGAACUGGCGUUGAUGUACAACACCCCCAGGGCAGCCACAAUAAUCGCCACCUCGCCUGGAGCCCUUUGGUGCCUAGAUCGUCUGACAUUCAGGAGGAUCAUAGUGAAGAACAAUGCCAAGAAGAGGAAGCUGUACGAGGCGUUCAUCGAAACGCUGCCACUGCUUACGUCAUUAGAGCUCUCAGAGAGAAUGAAGGUAGUCGACGUGAUAUCCACCAAGGUGUACAGUGAUUCGCAGCAGAUUAUUGCUCAGGGCGAUUUGGCUGAUUGCUUCUACAUUGUUGAGUCCGGCCAAGUUAGAAUCACCAUCAAAAGAAGCAGGACGAAAAAAGAACAGGAGGAAGAGGACGUGGAUAUCGCCACAUGCUCUCGGGGACAGUAUUUUGGGGAGUUAGCGCUUGUCACAAACAAGCCCAGAGCUGCAUCAGCCUAUGCUGUGGGGAGCGUCAAAUGCUUGGUCAUGGACGUUAAAGCCUUCGAGAGGUUGCUGGGCCCGUGCAUGGACAUCAUGAAGAGAAACAUUGCUAACUAUGAGGAGCAGCUGGUGACCCUGUUUGGAAGUAGCACUGAGAUUGAGCAACAAAGUGCAUGAGACAGCUCCAAUGGACCUUGAUUCAGUGGAUGGAAAACAAAAAAAAAAGAGGCUUGUACGGAUGUUUUUUCCCCAUAAUCACUUUAACAGCUUUUCUUACAAGAAAUGUGAAUAUCCACUACAAACGUUUGUGUGUCAGAUAAAUGAAACAGACCACGCCUGAUUCCCAUAUGAGACCCUGUUAAUUUUAGCAGAGUUUGCCACAGUGUUAUAACAAAAGUAAAGUAAGCCAAAGCAGAGUUGCUUAAAGCUUGUUUAAAUUAGAUUUCACACGACUCUAACCUUAAAAAUGUAAGUGUGCAUUUUACUUGUCAGAUGCAUUAUUUGUUUGAGUAUUGAACACUUUUGUCAACUCUCACCUUUUCUCCACAGUGUUAUAGUUACACCUACAGGAUAAUAUCAUUUGUAAAUUUCUAAACAUUGUUCAAAUCAGACGCCAAAGCUAAUUUGUUACCGGAUAACCUUGAGCAAAUAUGUCAUUUUUGGCAAGAGCACCAACACUCAUGUAUUCAUGUGAGGUGCACCAGAAAAGGGCGCCCCGACAUGAGCAAGGAUAAACAAUAUGUAGAGAAGGUGGAUUUGAUUCUGUGCUUUAAUAACAUCGCUCACAUUUCGAUCACAGCAGAAUGUAGACUUGGAAGUACAUUUUUACACAAUACUUUUCUGUUGAUCAUAAGAUUGAAUCCCUCGAAUACACGUUCAUAAACUGUAUGUCACUGUUGGUUAGUGUGUGUGGCUGUUAGCCUAAUAAAAUGCUUUUGCAAAAAAGAAAAAAACAAACUUGAGAGAGAUAGCUGAUAGUUUUGUAAGAAUAUACAACACAUUGCUGUACAAUUUGAAACUGAGUAUUUACUGUUAUUAUAUAGGCCCACUUUUAAUUCAAUAAGUUACCCCACCAGAUUGUAGUAAUUAUAGGCAAUAUCUUGAGACUAUUGCUUCUCCUGUGUUCCAAUGUAAAAUUUAAAUCAUUUUGCUUUUUGUGUCGGUGAAACAUAUAUUAUGAUUAUAACAUCCAUUAUUGCUGUCUACCUCUGCCAACAACUUCUACUGUUUGGAAAACACAUAUUCUGAUAUUCCCUCUCAACACGAAUCUAAAGUGGGUCUUCUCUCUCUCUUCUUCUUCUCUGUCUCUCGUUUUGAAAUUGAUAAUUGAAGUCUUCUGUAUUUCGUCUGUGGUUUACUGCAGCUUAAAAUGUUUAAAGCUGAUUUGACAUUGAAACAUUCUGAAUUUAUUCCCCUGCCCCCCCUUUGUGCAGGUAGUACUGGUCAUUUUUGAAGGCAAACCCAUAAUA